UUAGUUAGGAAAAGCCCAAAUCCGAGUUCUCCGUAAGCGCAAAAUAUUCAGAGCCAAGUCAGGGUAGGUCGCGGAUCUGAUCCCAGCACAGCACCCGCCAAAUCCCCAAUUAUCUCUCCGACAACGUUUCCUAUCUGAGCCCCCCUCGAUUCCCAUAUAAUCACGGAAUGUCGACCACCUACAGAGAUCGGACGUCGGAGUUCCGUUCACUCUCGCAGACUCUGAAGAAGAUCGGAGGAGUCACAGUCGUUAAUCGAUCAGAAAACGACCCAUCUUCAUCGGAACCAUCGGUACCGGCCCCUUCUAGAUCCGAAUUCAACAAGAAGGCUUCGAGAAUCGGGUUGGGGAUCCACGAGACCUCUCAGAAGAUCGCCAGACUCGCCCAGCUGGCAAAAAGGUCAUCCAUGUUCGACGAUCCGAUCGUGGAAAUACAGGAAUUAACGGCUCUGAUAAAGAAUGAUAUAACGUCGCUGAACGUAGCUCUUUCAGAUUUACAGACUAUUCAAAACAUCGAAAUGGCAGACGGGAAUUAUUCCGACGACAGAGUCGUUCAUUCCACAGCUGUUUGUGAUGAUUUGAAGAGCAAACUUAUGGGGGCGACAAAACAGCUUCAAGAUGUUUUAACCACAAGAACAGAGCAUAUUAAGGCUCAUGAGAAUAGGAAGCAAAUGUUUUCAAAGAAUGCAUUAAGGGAGAACCCUUUUCAGCAUAAUUCGAAAACUGUGACCGAACCACUCCCUUGGUCCAGUUCAUCAAAUGGAGCUGCGAGUCCACAACCAUCAGCAUUGCCUGCAAAUGGAGUGCAAGUUGGCAACCAACUGAGACGAAGGUUAGCUGUUGAUAACACUCCAUCCCAGCAGAUGGAAAUGUCCAUGUUACAGCAGGUAGUUCCACGGCAGGAAAAUUACACACAAAGUCGGGCAGUUGCUCUUCACAAUGUGGAAUCAACUAUUUCGGAACUCAGUGGGAUCUUUACACAUUUGGCUACAAUGGUUGCACAGCAAGGGGAACUCGCAAUCAGCAGGAUUGAUGACAACAUGGAUGAGUCAUUGGCAAAUGUUGAAGGUGCCCGUGGUGCUCUAUUGAGGCAUCUUAACCAAAUAUCAUCAAAUAGGUGGCUCAUGAUAAAGAUAUUCGCCAUUUUGAUAUUUUUCCUCGUGGUCUUCAUUUUCUUUGUGGCAUAAACGUAAUUAGUGAAAUCCAAAAAUUUGACUUCUUGCUGGUUGGGGCAUUCAGGCUUCUCCCUGCCUGUCCAUCAGCUAACUCCUCGGGAAUAGGUUAUGCAUGCGGGAGCAAGUAGCGCUUAUUGUGUAGCUUUACUUGGCAUUCCCACUUUACAAUUUUUUGGCUGUAUCUUGUAGAAGCUUGUAGCAGUGUCUAGAGAAGCAGAUAUACAUCAGUAUGUGUUUAUGGAUUGCGAGUGGUUGGGCUUGGAAUUAUAUUUGGGACUCUGUAAAAUUGAUAAGAAGUUUUGCAAUAUUGUCUUGAGAGACGAGCAUCACUUUUC